AGUGUGGUAACAUAGGAGUGAAACAUUAACGUGGCCAUAAAUACCAAGCAAAGUGAGAUUCCAUUGCAUUCAUCACACAACAGUAAACAUUCAAGCAAAACCUCAUCUUUUCCCUAAUGGCCCUCUGGUUUAUGGUUCUUCUUGCACUCUUUGCCAUUGGUGAAUCUCAGUCCACAACUUCAUUCAACCAAACCGACCUGCAGGCAGCCAUGACUGACAUGAGAAGCCGGUCAUACUUUGGAUUUGUCAUCCUCCUCAAAAUACUCAACAGCCAACCCAACUCACUGCAAAACAACGAUUUGACAUUCCUAAUGCCAAAUGAUGAAGAGCUAUCUCAUUUCUCAAUAGCUCUAGACCAGCUCCAUGAUUUCAUACUCAGCCAUUCUAUUCCAACACCAUUGUUGCUAAGUCAUCUAUUACAUUUUCCAAAUGGCUCUGUGGUUCCCUCUAGCGUUCCAAGUAGGGUGAUCAGCAUCACCAACAGCGGCAGAACAGGCUUGUUUGUCAACAAUGCAAGGAUUGUCACACCAAAUGUGUGCCAAAGCUCUUCAAUAAGAUGCCAUGGAAUCAGUGCUGCCUUGACAUUUGACAACAUGGUGCGUUUUCACAGAGCUCCAGAACCUAAGAAUCAUCCCCCAAUGAACAGUAAUGUGCCAAACGCAUCCACAUCUGUCAAAAAGAUGAGUAUGCAACCUUUACAGUAA